GCGCGCACGCCGCAGACAGGGGGCGCGCCCGUUAGAUUGUGCAGGGAUAAGGCGCGUGCCCGCGGCCGAUGCUAAGGCUUUUUCUACUGCCCCGUAGUGACUGCAGAGCUCAGUACAGCAGGAAAGAAGGACAAGUUAAAAUGUCUCCUGAAGUUGCUUUGAACAGAAUUUCGCCGGCACUCUCUCCUUUCAUUUCCAAUGUGGUCAGAAAUGGAAAAGUAGGAUUGGAUGCUACUAACUGUCUAAGAAUUACAGACCUGAAAUCAGGCUGUACCUCUUUGACGCCUGGACCCAGCUGUGAUCGGUUUAAGUUGCAUAUCCCAUAUGCUGGAGAAACACUCAAAUGGGAUAUAAUUUUCAAUGCCCACUACCCAGAGCUACCACCAGAUUUUAUCUUUGGAGAGGAUGCUGAAUUCCUGCCAGAUCCCUCUGCCUUGCAUAAUUUAGCCUCCUGGAAUCCCUCAAAUCCUGAAUGUCUCCUGCUUGUUGUGAAAGAGCUCGUCCAGCAGUAUCACCAAUUCCAAUGCAGCCGAUUACGGGAGAGCUCUCGCCUCAUGUUUGAAUACCAGACUUUACUUGAAGAACCCCAGUAUGGAGAAAACAUGGAAAUUUAUGCUGGCAAAAAAAACAACUGGACUGGUGAAUUCUCAGCUCGCUUCCUUUUAAAGUUACCAGUGGAUUUCAGCAAUAUUCCCACAUACCUUCUCAAGGAUGUGAAUGAAGAUCCAGGAGAGGAUGUUGCUCUUCUUUCAGUCAGUUUUGAGGAUACAGAAGCUGCUCAGGUUUUCCCCAAGCUAUAUCUGUCCCCACGUAUUGAACAUGCUCUUGGAGGCUCCUCUGCCCUUCACAUCCCAGCCUUUCCAGGUGGAGGCUGUCUCAUUGACUAUGUACCACAGGUGUGCCAGCUGCUAACUAACAAGGUACAAUAUGUUAUUCAGGGAUACCAUAAGAGAAGGGAGUAUAUUGCCGCUUUCCUGAGUCACUUUGGAACUGGUGUGGUGGAAUAUGAUGCAGAGGGCUUCACAAAGCUCACACUGUUGCUGAUGUGGAAAGAUUUUUGCUUCCUUGUUCACAUUGACCUACCUCUGUACUUUCCUCGAGACCAGCCAACUCUAACAUUUCAAUCAGUCUAUCACUUCACUAACAGUGGACAGCUGUAUUCCCAGGCCCAGAAAAACUACCCUUACAGCCCACGCUGGGAUGGCAAUGAGAUGGCCAAGAGAGCAAAAACAAGUUGCAGCAGGAACAGAAAAAUACAAAGGGCUUAUUUCAAAACAUUUGUCCCUCAGUUCCAAGAGGCAGCUUUUGCCAAUGGAAAGCUGUAGGAAACACCAGGUCUGGAGAAGAUGCCAGACAGAUUCUUACAUCCACAUGCAUGUCAGCCCCAAGAGGACUUCCUGGAAGUGGGUUGGAAUCUCUUUUUUUGAUACUUUUUGCCUCUGGAAUAGCUUUGAUCACCACAGACUUCAUUAAGUCUAUAAAACAAGGACCUCAGCUGGCUAAUUCUAAACUGAAUAUUUGAUACUCCUUCUCCAAUCCUCUCCUACCACUAUCAUUUCCUUUUAUAGCCACUGGAUUAAAUUAAAACCUUAGUGUUUAGAUGUGAUACCAUUUCCCUGUGACAACAAUGUUUAAUGCUAUGCCUUGUUUCAGAAAUGCUUGUCUUUCAGGUGUUGUUAAGAAGUGAUUGUUUUCAUGGCAGUAUUCUGUUGUUCUGAACCUUUGUAUAUUUUCAGCAUAUCCUAAUAAUAGAUAAAGCUGCCAUACUUACCAGAAAUGCCUAAUGGACUAUAUAAUGCCAUAUUCUGCCUCUGACAUUUGCCUAUAUUUAUGGUUCUUAUUGACACAUGUAUGAGUCGCAAUAUUUAACUGCUCAGUGCCUUUGAUGCGUCUGAUGUUGACAUGGCAGUAUUUUUUUAAUAUCUCAGUUGAAAACUCAUCAUGAGUUGAAUUCAGUGUCUUUAUAGUCUAGUUUAUUUCAGGUAAUACAACUUAAGGUGACUUUCUAAUUGACGUCAGUUGCUGUUACUGAGAAAGGUCUAUCGUUUUAGUAUCAACUGUUCAAGUAACCAGUUGUGUAAAUUAAGGAGACAAAAUAGAGCUCCUGCAUAGUCCCACAACUCUAUCAAGUAACGUAAAUACCACUAAUGAAACAGGCCUUUAACAAACAAGGAAUUACUGGAGUCUUUGAAGGCAACAAAUACAAUAAUUUAGGGAAGCAGAUUUAUUUAACCUAAAAUUUAUUUAACCUAAAAUGCAGUUUUAGUAAGCACAUAUAUUUAAAGAAUUGAUGAGAAGACAUAAUGGGAUGCAUCAGUUUUUCUAAUGCUGUAAUGCUAAAUGAAGAAUCCCAGCCACUCAUCUUCCCCUUCUUGUGAUAUGUUAUAGCAGGCCAUAUAUAGCUGACUCUUAGUGCUGUCACUUCCCAAAUUAAAUUGUAGAUAGACCAGGGUACUUUCCAACAUGGAAUAAAGUUUGUGUGUUGUUAUAAAUGGAAUACAGAAAAAGUACCGUCUGCUAAGUGUUAGGGAACUGGACUGAUGAGCUGUUCUGAAGACAUAAUAGUGAAAAGUAAUAUAUCACUAUUUCUGCUAAUGUUAUGAAAUAUGUAUACAAAUUUUAAUUGAUUGGCAGUAUUGCCCCAAUCUCCUUGUAACUUUGGAUUUUUAGAGAAAAGUAUUGUCUACUAGAAGAACUGUGUCUCCAAGGAACAAGUGUGAUCCUUGUAAAUUAAAUUUUCUUAAUUAAUACAUUCUUAGUCUAGUUUCCCUGAGAAACUACCAACCUUCUAGCAAAUUCUAUUUUUUUUUUUUUUA